UGGACUUUUUGGGCGUCUCGGAAUAUCUUCCCAUCAUCAAAAGGAAGAAUCUGCCCAAAAACCUCACAAAAAGCUCUCACCCAAUUCCGACCAAACCCCAGAGCUUUUGCUUUUUUCCCUCUCCUCUGCUCACCUCCGCCUCGACAUGGCCCUGCAACUGUGGCAAACCCUGAAAGAAGCGAUCUUGGCUUACACGGGGAUGUCCCCCGCGACCUUCUUCACGGUCCUCGCCGUCGGGCUGGCCGUGUACUACGUGAUCUCCGGCCUGUUUGGAUCGCCGGGAGCUCACCAGAGGCCGAGGGACUACCAGGAGCAGAUGCAGCCCCUGCCUCCGCCAGUUCAGCUCGGUGAGGUCACCGAGGAGGAGCUGAAGCAGUACGACGGGUCCGAUCCCAAGAAGCCCCUUCUCAUGGCCAUCAAGGGCCAAAUCUAUGACGUCUCCGAAAGCAGGAUGUUUUAUGGACCAGGUGGCCCUUAUGAUAUUUUUGCUGGAAAAGAUGCUAGCAGAGCUCUUGCAAAGAUGUCCUUCGAAAAGAAUGACCUGACGGGGGACAUAUCAGGCCUCGGCCCAUUCGAGCUUGAUGCCCUACAGGACUGGGAAUACAAGUUCAUGAGCAAAUACGUCAAGGUGGGCACGAUCAAGAAACCUGUUCCAGUGGCCGAGGAGUCAUCUACACCAGGUGAGUCGGCGGAAGCGCCUCAACAGGAAAUCCCCAAGCCUGCUGAAGAUGAGCGACCGGUGGAGGUGCCUCCAACUCCUGAUACCAACAAUGCCCCUUCAAUUAGUGUUGCCAAGGAGGACUGAUGUCUCAUCAACUUCAGUAUACUAGUUUGUCUCGUGAGUGUAAGUCCUUCAGUUUCUUUAUUGUAAAAUAAUGGGUUUGGGUGGGUUACGAACUUAUUAAGACUCGGAACCUCCAUCUGAGGGGCUCUUGGAGCAAGAACCAGUGACACCACUGAUUAAGCGUUUGUUUUCGAAGAACAGAAGUUAUCCCCUAAAUGGAGUGUUUACAUAAUUUUGAAGAGAA